AUGCAUUCUUGCAAUCAGGAAGACGGGAAAUGGAGAAAGCAUACGGGGGAAAGUGUUUGUGCACAAAACAUUAAGAUUGGACAUUUAGCUAAAUCAGAAACAGAUAAAGUUACAGUUCAUGAUAUUGGAAAUAGAAGCUUUUAUGUUGAUACACCAGGAUUCGAUGAUUCCGAUGAAGAUAUGAGUGAUAGUGAAACUAAACCAACAGCUUCGUUAAAACAUGAGGCAAAAUUUAUAGAGUCAUUUGCCGAUGACUAUAACGGAAAUGUACAAUUAUUGUCACAAGAAGAAACAAAAAUUGAAGAUGGCCCUCGUGAAGCUGCCAAAGAAGUAGCUAUAAAGAAAUAUGAAGUAUCAUUAAAUGACCCGCUUGCAAAAGCCAGCGAUUUUGCAAUUCUAUUAUUUGAAAGCUUACCAAAAGAAGAUAAUAUUUAUAAAUUCACCUUGGAAAAAAUUAUACACAUACACCCAAAUAAUACUCAUGAUUAUCAUUCUUAUCACCUAGGCUCACGUACUAAGAAUGUUCAUCUUGGUAAACCUCAUAAUAGUGAAUUGGAUCAUAAAUUAAGUUUAGACGGGUGCAAGAAUGUUUAUACUUACUGCCAAAAAGAAAACGACGACAACGUUGUUGCAAGUGAAAGAUGUCGUAGUAUUUCUAAUCUUUGUAAACAUAAGGUUGGUGAAAGUCCUUUUAGUACGAUUUGUAAAGAAUAUGGGCAAGGUUCGAAUACAGAAGUCCCCCAAAAUGUUUUAUGCCACGCCGAAGUGAUUUCCAAUUUGGACUCUUUCUAUGCAAAAGAAUUUUCUUAA